CAUGGCUUCUGCUAUCACGCAGUGUUCUACCAGUGAGCUCACCUGCUCGAUCUGCACAGACUAUUUGACAGACCCUGUCACCAUUUGUUGUGGGCACAGAUUUUGUAGUCCCUGUCUCUGCCUCUUGUGGGAAGAUACACUAACUCCUAAUUGCUGCCCUGUGUGCAGGGAAAUAUCACAGCAAAUGUACUUCAAACGCAUUAUUUUUGCUGAGAAACAAGUUAUUCCUACAAGAGAAUCAGUCCCCUGCCAGUUAUCAAGCUCUGCCAUGCUGAUCUGUAGGAGACACCAGGAAAUCAAGAACCUCAUCUGUGAAACUGAUAGGAGCCUGCUGUGUUUUCUCUGCUCUCAAUCCCCAAGGCAUGCUACUCACAAACACUAUAUGACAAAGGAGGCUGAUGAAUACUAUAGGAAGAAACUCCUGAUUCAAAUGAAGUCCAUCUGGAAAAAAAAACAGAAAAAUCAAAGAAAUCUAAACAGAGAGACCAACAUAAUCGGAACAUGGGAAGUUUUUAUAAAUUUGCGGAGCAUGAUGAUCAGCGCUGAAUAUCCUAAGGUGUGUCAAUACCUCCGUGAAGAAGAGCAAAAGCACGUAGAGAGCCUGGCAAGAGAAGGCAGGAUAGUUUUUCAGCAACUCAAGAGAAGUCAAACUAGAAUGGCUAAGAUGGGUAUACUCCUGAGAGAAAUGUAUGAGAAACUGAAGGAAAUGAGCUGUAAAGCAGAUGUGAACCUGCCUCAGGAUUUGGGAGACGUAAUGAAAAGGAAUGAGUUUCUGAGGCUGGCCAUGCCUCAGCCUGUGAACCCACAGCUCAGUGCAUGGACCAUCACUGGGGUGUCAGAAAGGCUUAACUUCUUCAGAGUGUAUAUCACCUUGGAUCGUAAGAUAUGCAGUAAUCACAAGCUUCUGUUCGAAGACCUAAGGCAUUUGCAGUGCAGCCUUGAUGAUACAGACAUGUCCUGUAAUCCAACAAGUACACAGUAUACUUCUUCAUGGGGAGCUCAGAUCCUCAGCUCUGGCAAACAUUACUGGGAGGUGGAUGUGAAAGACUCUUGUAAUUGGGUUAUAGGACUUUGCAGAGAAGCCUGGACAAAGAGGAAUGACAUGCGACUUGACUCUGAGGGUAUCUUUCUACUCCUGUGUCUUAAAGUGGAUGACCAUUUCAGUCUCUUCUCUACCUCCCCACUGUUACCUCACUAUAUUCCAAGGCCCCAAGGCUGGCUAGGGGUGUUCCUGGAUUAUGAAUGUGGGAUAGUGAGCUUUGUUAAUGUUGCCCAAAGUUCCCUCAUUUGUAGUUUCCUCUCACGCAUCUUCUAUUUUCCUCUCAGACCUUUCAUUUGCCACGGAUCUAAAUAAUCAGGGACAGGUCACAAACCUGACCAAGGCCUUGGGAAUUCUAAUAGCAGAGGAGGCUCCUAUUCUGGUUACUUUCUUAAUGGGGAAAAUCAGUCAUAUCUCAUUACCUUUUACUUCAUUUUACCUCCUGGAUAUAUAUUUAUCGUAUCAUUUUUUAAAGUGUUGAUAAUGAACAUUUGUCAUUUCUAUUUUAUUUGAAUAGAUGUAACGUCUCUUAUUAUAUUGUAUAGGAUGCAUGUUCUUUUAACUUGUUAUCAAAGCGUACUAGAGGUGAAAGAAUACAUGAGCAUGAAAACCCAGCUAACUGAGUCAAAUUAAAGCACAGACAAGUUGCCUUCCAGAUAGCCCUUAUUUAAAACUCAGUGUCAGCCUAAAAUUCUCUAUUCCCAGCCUUCAUCUGGAUAAACCUUUCCCUUCACCAGUUCCCACCUUUCUGAACUAGACGAGAUCUCAGAUGUCAAGAAUGGCUCAUACAUUUCCUCUGUAAAACUCCUAACAGAACUUGGGUCUUUUUUUCAAGUUUGUAAAUUACAAAAAGGGAAUGCCAAUGAUAGUUCUUCUCAUUCAUUAUAGGAAUAAGAAACAGUCUGAUGAUAUGAGAGAUAUUCAAGAAAUAUGUAAAUAAUUAAAUGAAUAAACAUGUAAAAAUUAUUAAAAUCAAAAGCUAUAGACCCAACAAAAAUAUGCUACAGUAUAGCCAUAAUUAGCAAGACAGAACAGGCUGAGAAAUAUCAUUACAUAAAGGAUACAUAGAUAUGGUACCAUGGUACUUAAGCCUUCUUGUUCAAUUGAAACUUUAUCAUUUUGUAAUGCUCUUCUUAAUUGUUUUUGGUUUAAAGUCUUUUUUAUCUUAUGUAAGAAUAGAUGCUCCUGCAUUUUUUUGUUUUUAUUUGCAUGGUAGAUCUUUCUCCAUCCUUUACUUUGAGCCUGUGGAUGUCAUUAUAUGUGAGAUGGAUCUCUCAAGACCAAAUACAC